AUGGACCGGAAGAGGCUGCUCAGAGUUUGUCGAAGUGCUAGCGGCUAUGCUAAUGCAUUACAGAACGCAGUUUGAGUGUCUGACUGAAUGUGUCAUCUCCAUCCCAGACACAAAUUUACACACUAUCGCCAUGCUACCGCAGCAGUGAACCUUCUCCACGGCAAUAAAAGAAGCGAUUGCAUAUCUUUCUGUCUAUCCCAGCGCCGAAUACAAGGCAGGUGUGAAUGACCGACGUGGUGCCCAUCACCGCCCUCAGUGAAAUAAAGCUCCGCAUUCUCUGCCACGAUGACAUAGAGAGAAUAAAAGUGCUCUGUGGAGAGUGGUUCCCCAUUGAGUAUCCAGACUCAUGGUAUCAUGACAUCACAUCGAACAAGAAGUUCUUCUCACUGGCUGCCACUUUUAGAGGUGGAAUUGUGGGGAUGAUUGUGGCAGAAAUAAAAAGUAGAACGAAAGUGCACAAAGAGGAUGGGGACAUCUUGGCCUCCAGCUUUCCUGUUGACACUCAAGUUGCGUACAUCCUGAGUUUAGGAGUCGUGAAGGAGUUUCGCAAACAUGGAAUAGGCUCUCUCUUACUUGACAGUUUAAAGGAGCACAUCUCCACCACGGCACAGGACCAUUGUAAAGCCAUCUAUCUGCAUGUGCUCACCACCAAUAACACUGCCAUUUACUUCUAUGAGAACAGAGACUUUAAACAGCACCACUAUUUACCGUAUUAUUACUCUAUACGAGGAGUGUUGAAAGAUGGCUUCACUUACGUCCUCUACAUCAAUGGCGGACAUCCACCAUGGACUAUCUUCGAUUAUAUUCAUCAUAUAGGUUCUGCCCUGGCCAGUCUGAGCCCAUGCUCCAUUCCUCAGAGAAUUUAUAGGCAAGCACAGAAUCUCCUUCGCAGCUUUCUUCCGUGGUCGGGCAUCUCUUCCAAGAGUGGCAUUGAGUACAGCAGAACCAUGUGAGGGUCAUCAGUCCAAGGUAGAAGAGAAUGGUCACACCAGAUGUCUGGAUGCACUAAAUGGGCUAAGACGGAUUGUGAAGACUGACUUUGGAUUCUCCAGUAGUUCAGAGCUGUGUAUUAUAUGUGUACAUUUGAUAUAUAUACGUAUGUAUACUUUAAUUAAUAUAUACAUUGUCAUUAGUAGAUUGCCCUCUUGAUAUAAACUCUCCACUUCAUGCCUGUAUUUCUGCUGCUGUGUAGAAAUUUGCUAGUUUACCCAGACUUUUCAUAUAAAUAGAUUUUUUAUGUGUGCCUCUUCUGUUUAGAGGACUAUUGGGUAUAUGAUGGUAGAAGUAUCUCCCUCAAGAUGCAUACUUUUUGUUUUGGUCACUCAUGCAUGUGUUUUGUUUGUGCACCAGCACCUCGGCAAACGGUAUGUUUCAUCCCACAGUUCGAAGUAUGCAAAGUUUGUGAUUGUUUUUAAUAACUUUUGCACAGAGGCAAUGAAUGUAGUAUUGCGACGAAGGGAAAAAGGCUACAGUUGCAGAAAGCGCUCCACCUCACCAAAUGUUGACGUCUAACAUAUACACUGUUUUUAAGAAUCUUAAAUUAGCGAGAGCAUUUCAUCCUGCCACUCCAUCGUGUGCACUUUUCUUUUAAAGGUGAACUAGAUGAAUGUAGUGGGGCAAAGUGUUUUAAUGUGGUAUGUUACUGUGAAUCAGAAAGUUACACACAAAAUAAAACUGAGAAAUCUGAGAAUCGUCAUCCGCAUUAUGUAACUUAAUGCAAUAUAAUUUAAAAGAUGACCACUUUUCUGCAAUGUUUAGUCUGGUCAUAUUUUUGUUUGAUCAUUCUGUCAUCACGUCUUUGAUCAGAUUACUAUUUCUGUUAAUUACAUAAAAUGGACUUUGUUUCUUCUACUGUGCUUUAUCAUUUAUACUACAUUUCUUUUCAUGUUGAGGUAGAAAUAUGCAAUAUUCCAUCAAUAUGUGAAUAGCUGUUCAUGUGGGAAUGAAACCACUAUCACAUGCUUUAGAUGAAGAUUCUGUGUAACGUCCUUACAAUUUAUCUUUUCUAAUGUUUCAUAAUUUAGUGAAUUGGUGCAUUGUGACGUUUUACGUUUUAUUUUAUUACGUUUUAAUUGUGUUGGUUGUAAACACUGUAAUAGUCCGAUCCAUAUUUAAAAUCCUUCUUUUCCAUGUAAUUCAAAUACAUAGAUAAACUUCCUUAUUUAUCCCCAAAGCAGGCAGUUAAAUAUGUCGACAUGACAUGUUGAAAGUAACUGAAAUGUCACCAAGAAAUGUAUCAGAAUAGAAAAGCCCCCUCUAGUGUCCGUUGAGGGGAUGCAUGACCAUGCAAGAGGUGUUUUUAUUGUAGAUUUAUUUUAUUUGCUCUAAUGAAUGAAACUCUUGUCCCGUUGCAUCUUUACCGUUGUCAGUUACUCAUUUAUGAACUGCUCAUCCGUUCAUGCAUAAAACGCAUUUUGAGAUGAUAGGUAAGAGAGAAAAAAAUAAAGAUUGUGAAAUCAUUACCUUGAAU